GGGAGCACGAUCUAAACACAAACGAAGAUUCAGACGUCGUGGGAGUUGAUCGGAGUACAUAUGGCUCCAACAAUACUCAUCCCUCACUCAAUUUACUGUUCAUACAGAAAGAGGAGCAGAAAGAGGAGGGGAAUUGUUUAUCAAGUCGGCUGACAAUUUUGCAGAUUCACCUAAGGCACAGAGCAACGACGAUACUGGCAUUGAUGCAGGAAGUGGCGCAAUUCUUAAGAACAAAGGUAUCUUGAACUAAUCACUAAUUUCUUUUGUUCCUGAUUGUGAAUAUUGUCUCAAGAAUACAAACAUGGCAAAGAGAACAGAUGCAGGACUUUGGAAUAUGAUGUUGCUGAUUCUUUGAUUUUAUAUCAUCCACAUGUCUUUAUAGGAAUUGUUUUCAAUGGAACUUCUAUUCUUUUUCUGCAAUAAUGGACGCAAGACUUACAUUCAGGGAAUAUUGAACAUUUAAGGAAUUUCUAUAUAGAGUCAGAUUUCUUAGAUUCCAGAUACUAACCCCAACGACUCAUGGACCUAUUGGAGCAUGCACGUAUUCGGCAUCGACAACGGCGACAGUCAAUGAGUUAUUCACAACAACAAGCAUAUUUGGCACGACCAUGUGCAAUAGCUCAAGGAAAGCGACUAAUGGUGGAAACUAGCCCAAGCAACAAAACUGAACAAGCUCGAGGAAAUGUACGAAAUAGGCGCCCUCAACAAAAGAAAAAGUUCCAAAGAGACGAGGGCUUUAGGAGACGUGUUUCUGUGUUUUCAUUUGGUUGGCGGAUGGGACAAUCAGUAAAAAUGAACACCGCUUAUCUCAGUGAGCUGAUUUUGAAAGAGUGGAAGAAAAAGAAGCAUGUACAUUGGCGAUACAAAAACGCACGUAGAGAGUUGAUGACACUUGAUAUUUAUCACAUUAAACGAACUUGGAGAAAGGUUUUGCGCAUUAGGAGGCAAAAGCAUCGUGAACAAAACAGCUUUUUAGCUAAGUUCUACAUCAAGCAUUUUCAGAAGUUGAGGCAUAAUACUGAGAAUUCUUCCAAUAAUUGGAGCAAAGGUGUUGCAGUAAAGGAAUUAUCUAACUUCAUGUUUGGGCAGCGACUGAUGACAAAUGGAUGGCUGAGAUGGAGUUGAUUAGAGCAUGUGGACUUUACUUUAUUGAACAAAUAUGUAUAUAGGCACUUUGUGGAAGUUUCUUUUUAAAAAGUACAUUUCUAUU